AUGUCAGCAAUGGCUGUGGAUAAUGACGUGUCAACUAUCUUGGCACAGUUAAGACUGGAGCUUGAGUCUUCUGAUCUUAUUCAGAUCAUUUACCAGUUGGAGGAUUUCUAUGAGAGAAAGUUGUGGAAUCAAUUGACUUUGGCUCUCGAGGAGCUCUAUCAGAACCCUGAAAGUCUGAUAGGGACAUUAAGGCAGCAGAUCUUCAGCCUGUUCUUGUCCCAAUUCCAGAACAAACUCAACCAAAUCAAACUUGUUGAUUUCUUGUUGCGUUCGUUUGACGACGACCAGGUUUGCUAUGACAAAUUGAUCGAAUUAAAGUCUUCCAUGGUGGCUGAGUUGACAAAGAAGCACGGUACAAGAAAACCUGACAAUUUAGAUGAGCUCAUCAACAAUGAGGAAGCUGUGAUAUACGUCAACUUGCAGAUCGCCAGGUAUGCAUUGAUUUUGAACGACUCAGUUCUGGCUGACGAGAUAUUAGAGUCUGUUGGGGAUAAGUUCGAAAGCACCUUACAAAAUGAGUUCAGUGCGAAGAUAAAUGCAGCGUUUUACUUGACAAAGUGCCAAUACUACAAGAUUCAUGAAAACUACAAUUUGUUUUACACAAACGGUUUACUAUACCUCUCUUCAUUGGACUCGCCGCUUCCAUUGGACCAGCAAAUAAAGUUCUGUUACGACCUCUGUAUAGCUGCGUUGCUUGGCAACAAGAUUUACAAUUUCGGUGAGUUGAUCUUACACGACAUACUAAAGGUGAUCAGUGACCAAAGCAGUGAAUAUUUCUGGUUGUAUAACUUGAUUACCAACCUCAAUGCCGGAAACUUGGCCAAAUUUAAUGAGUGGCUUCAGGUCUCAAUGUCUAAGAGUCCAUUUCUUGCCCACCAUAAGACAUUCUUGCAUCAGAAGAUUGUUAUAAUGUCUUUGUUGGAGAAAAUCUCCACUGAGCAGGCAACCAACAAAAGAUUACUGUUUAAAUCUAUCAGUGAUGUCACUGGAACCCCAAUAGACGAGGUCGAAUUGCUUAUCAUCAAGUGUUUUUCGCUUAACUUGAUCAAGGGCUACAUUAAUCAAAUACAACAGGUUUUGGUUGUCACCUGGUUGCAACCUAGGAUUUUGAACUUGGAUCAGGUCAAAACUCUCUACAAUCACUUAGUUGAGUGGGAUUCAAGGGUAGAAAACUUAGCUAAAGAUGUUCAUGCUCGUGGCGGAACUCUAUGGGCAGGUAAAUAA